UUCGCUGUCUACUCGUCAGCGGAGUUCUGACAGACACAUGAGGGACUGCAGCGUGCGGGAUGGCCGAGGAAAAUCUGUCCGUGGUGCUUCACUCUCAGGGAGACCUGCGACUGGAAAACCGUUCCAUUCCGGAGCCAGGACCUGAUGAGGUUUUGCUGCAGAUGCACUCGGUGGGAAUCUGUGGAUCGGACGUUCACUACUGGCAGCACGGUCGGAUCGGGGACUUUGUGCUCACAAAACCGAUGGUGCUCGGGCACGAGGCGGCCGGACAGGUGGUGAAGCUUGGAUCAGCAGUCACGCACCUGAAAGUAGGUGACAGAGUGGCCAUUGAACCUGGUGUUCCCCGAGAAAUGGACGAGUUCUUCAAAAACGGACGCUACAACUUGUCUCCCACCAUCUUCUUCUGUGCCACACCCCCAGACAGUGGAAACUUGUGUAGAUACUACACACACAAUGCCAACUUCUGUUACAAGUUGCCUGAUAAUGUUACGUUUGAGGAGGGAGCUCUGAUCGAGCCUCUGUCGGUGGGAAUCCAUGCCUGCCGCAGAGCCGGCGUCACCCUCGGCAGCACCGUGUUCAUCUGUGGCGCAGGGCCGAUUGGGUUGGUCUGUUUGAUUGUGGCCAAAGCAAUGGGGGCCUCAAAGGUCGUCAUAUCUGAUCUCGUGCCAGAGCGUCUGUCCAUGGCUGAAGAGCUGGGUGCAGACUUUCAGGUGAAGGUGAAGAGAGAGGACGGACCUCAGCGGCUCGCCAAGACCGUGGAGGACAUGCUCGGAGCUCAGCCUCACGUCACUAUUGAAUGCACUGGUGUGGAGAGCAGCAUCCAAACUGCCAUCUAUGCAACGCGUUCAGGGGGCGUGGUGGUGCUGGUGGGCCUCGGCUCUGAGAUGGCAACGGUUCCUCUGAUUAAUGCUGCUGUGAGAGAGGUGGACAUCAGAGGGGUCUUCCGCUACUGCAACACCUGGCCGAUGGCCAUAAACAUGCUGGCGUCGGGUAAAGUGAACGUGAAGCCCCUCGUGACCCACCGCUUCCCUCUGGAGCAGGCAGCGCAGGCCUUUGAGACCACACGCCAGGGUGUCGGGAUAAAGGUCAUGUUAAAGUGUAACCAGAGCGACCAGAACCCCUGACCCUUGACCCACACCAGGGAAAACAAAAAAAGGCAGAGCGAGAGCACGUCGUGUGGCAAUCUACAAACUGAACAUUGACCCUGAGAAAGAUAACAGAGGUACGGUCAACGGUCAGACGAGGGAUUAGCAUCAAAUACAAAUGGUGCGAGUUAAAAAGAAAUAACAUUUAAAAUUGUUUUAUAAUUAUAGAUGAUUUGUAGACUGCUAAUUUAACUCUUUAUUUUAAUAAAAACAUGAAUUAAAAAGUA